AUGAGACCUGUACUUCUGAUUUUGUUGUUGAUUUUGGCUAUACAUGCAAAGGCUGUUGAGAGGGUGGUUAGUUAUUUUUGUAAUUAAUUCUUUGAAAACAGUUUUUUUCAGGGUGUUGCUUGUGGCAUAUGUUCUACGGUGAUAGACACUAUAAGAAAACAAAUUCCCAGUGGUGGGCUUGAUGUUAUGAAAGAGCUUGUGGUUGGUAGAAAAAGAAACAUAUAAAACAUAUUUGAAAUAAAAAUGUUUGCAGAAUAUGUGCGAAAAGUUCUCAAACGUAUUUUCUCCCGAGUUUGGUGAUGACUGCAAAAAAUACGUUGAAAAAAACAUGAAUAUCAUUAUGCCAUGGAUUUUGAAUCAAAUGUCGUCUGAAAAAAUCUGCAACGCUAUAAAAUCAUGUUGA